GUGGGAUUGCUGUCUUACAAAGAAUUGGAUGGAGGAUCAACAUAAUGUCUGUGUGCAUUCAGUAGAGAGACAGAUUGCUCCAGAAAGCAUUCACGUGGACAGUUUACGCAACUGUAUGAGCAAGAAAAAAUGGCCCCACCUCUUAAGUUGAGAGCACCCUUCCUGGAGCACAGUUUGAUUACACACAUUGCUGAGCUACAAUCAUACGCACCAUGAUGAACCUUACCUUGAUAACAGCUUUCAUUCUCUGCAGCAUCAGCUGGAUCUCUGUCUCACUUUCUGAGUCUCACACUGUGGAGGUCCAGUCUGGUGAAAACGUCACACUGCAGUGCACCACAAUUUACAAAGUUCAAGCAACAACAUCCUGGUUCAGACUGGUCAACAGAACCAAAGCCAGCUGUAUCUCAUCUAUGACCAGCUCUAAAGCUGUUAAAUACUGUGAUGGAUUUAAAAAUGGAAAAUUUCAAAUGAGCUCCAACAUUUCCACAGUCUCUCUCAACAUUAAGGAGGUGAAUUUAUCUGACUCAGGGGUUUAUUUCUGUGGAUUUAACAUUAACGGACAGACAUUUUUAAGUGUCAUACAUUUAAAUGUUGAAGGCAGUGAUGAUGAAUCAUAUGAUGACAUUGGCAGAAAGUCUAAACAGUCGGAUGCAACAACAAAGCUGAUGGGUGUGAUCUUGGUGAUCUUGGGCAGUCUGUUUGUUCUCCACACUACGGUCAUCAUUGGUCUGGUUGUUAAAAACAGAAAACUUCAGAGAGCUAAUGAAGAAAAGAAUCGACAACAGAGUGAGAAUCUGGGCUCUGAUGACCUGAACUAUGCAGCAGUGACUUUCUGUCAAAAAGCAAAAAGAAGAGCGGUGGAGCCAAAUGUUGUGUAUGCUGCCACCAGAUAGACUCAAGAAACAAGAAAAGCUCUUCAGAGGGGAACUGAUGCUUUUUCAUGUGAAUCUGCACUUGUGUUUUUAUGUGUUUUUGUGUGUUUGGUGGACAGGAGACCAUCACUUUGGCAGAAAAAAAGAUGCAUAACAGUUGCAUCUUCUUUCUAGUGCUGAGUUUUAUUUCAUAUCGCUCUUGUAAAGAUGUUAUUACAGCACAUCAAUACAGAAACUUAAGCUUUAAAUGUUGACUUAAUAUAGACUGUAUGCACAGUACAUACAGUAUGUCGCUGUGUCUAUAGUGGUACGUGGAAGAAAAUAGUCUACAGCUAACAUCCAGGUGUGUUUUUUUAGCAUGUAACAUGUAUUUAUGCUCUCAGUCGUCCAUCCUGCCACUUUCAAGUGUAACAAACAGUACUGUCUGUGUCAACCUAAAAGAGACAUCUCAACCACAGCAAGAAUGGCCUUCAGCUCUGUACUAUUUUCUCCAGUGUGUUACUUUCACAAUGUAGCAACAACCACAAAACACACCAAAUAAAACUGCUACUACA